GGUCAAAUUCCCGAAGCGGUUAAAACAACAGAUGGGAAAGCGUCAACGUAGUUUCUGUCACACAAACAAAACACAAUUUUCCUUUCCCCAACAUUUUCCCGACAUUGUUUCUUAAACUUUCUCGGGCACCGAACAGGGGAAAAGCUCUCUCAGCGGCCACAACGAAAACGCGCGGUUCAGAGACAGUCGAGGUCGAGGAGGAUAACCAUGAAUAAGCUGACGAGAAAAUGGCGAAAUUCUCAUGACGAUAGAUUCUCUCUCCCUACUCUCGACGAUUCUCGCCCCAUCGACACCCAAGAACAGGAGGAGAUGAUUCGAUCCUUUGAAAAGACACAUGCUCAACAGAGUCGUCUAUGGCGGGGUGUGUUCGCAGCAAUGCUGUUUUGUUUUGCGGUAUUUCUAUUGUACUCUAUCUUCCAGCAAGCUUCAUCUCCAUGGGGACUGCGUUAUCAUGCUUACUUCAUGGAGGAGGUUGACUCAUGGAUGGUUAUAUCUGCAGAUUGGCUAGCUGUUUUAGCAUGUUCAGUUGCCAUCAUAGGGCUACUUCAUAACUCAAAGUAUCACAGGCAAUGGAUUUGGUACUCGUGCUUAGCUGGAAUCAUACUGGCAAUUUUCUGGUUAUAUCACAUGUUAAGAUUGCCAAAGUUCCGGUGGGAUGUUAUCUGGCUUCCAUUUGGGCCAUUUGGCGGAGCUGGAGUAUGUCUCUAUGUAGAUCAUCUACUAUUGGAGUCAUCAGAAGAAAUAAGAAAGCUUCGAGCCUAUACGUAUUCUUACAAAGCCUAUUGAAAGGGAAUUUUGGUCAUUGUAGUGGGGUUUGAGUUAGUUUUUAAAUACAGAGGAGACAGACGAAGAAUAUGUGCGCCAGUGAUGUUUGUUGUUGUCAUAUACUUAAUUAAGUUCUUGAUGGGAAUGUACAAAAUCAUAGUGUAACAGUAUAUAGAACUUCUCUGGAAUUUUGUUUACAAAUUUUGUGAUUGAAGAAUAUUGGCAGUAGAGAUUGUCUAUGUAAUUUGUUAGUUAUUAUCAAUGAGUGGAUGAAUUUUUUUC